AUGUCCUUUGGAUGGUCCGCUGGGGAUAUUGCACAAGCGAUAUCUGUGAUUUUCAAGACGGUGAAAGCACUCGAUGAUGCUGAGGGUGCCCCCGCCGAUUUCCGCAAUACUGUAACGUUUUUCCAAAGCGUGAAUUUGACCUUACAAAGGCUCCAAUCCCUCAUAAGUAUCGGAAAAAACUCUUCAUACGGCGAUCAAAUACGAAAAGAAGUCGAAAUCAUCAAGCCUUCGUUGGAAAGAUUUCUCGCCAUCAGCCAGACCUUCGAAAGCAGUUUAGGAGACAAAGCGACACCAGGUCGCUGGAAGCAUAUACCCAAGAAGUUAUUAUGGAGAUUCAAGGACUCGAAAGCCGUAAGAAAUCUAAAGUCAGAAAUCAAAGACCAUCUUCCAGUCUUGGACAAAUGGAUGCUUUUAUCCAUGAUCGAAAUUAUUCAGGAUUUGCCAGCGGAGCUUCAAAAACACUUCACCGGUGUUCUCAAUGACCAGAUGGUCUCGAUUCUACAGCUCCAACUCAAUCCCAUUCAUGACGAGUUGCGGAUGGCAAGAACAGAGGGAAGAGAGCAUUACAAAAGUUUUUUUUCGGAAUUUGAGCAGAGCAUUCUUAAACUGAGUUCUCUUCAGUUGGAUAUUGCAUCACAGAGCCACACGACACAGCGAAACUUUGACAAAGUUAUGUCAAAGCUUGAAAACAAGACUUCAUAUGACGAUGCUGUUAAAGUCAUCAAUGAACAUACAACGAACACUCUCAAAGACAUGUUUCGUAACUCUCAGGCCCUACCUCAUGCCUCUUUCCAGCAAGCCGGUACUAUUCGGACCGGUGAGGGAAUUCCUAUCGUUAAGUCUUCUCCAACAGUAAGCUCACAGCUCUUCGACCAAGAAGUUGGAAACAUAGAGUUAUUACGAAAGGUACUUCGCUUGGCCAACCUGAUGGAGCCGUCGAGGGCUCUGAACCCUGUCCUUCUUCCAAAAUACCACAUAACAUUUCGCGAUGCGCUGGGUCGCCGUCCCAGAAUUUUACAGUAUGACACUUUCAUGAACUUUAAAGUACUAAGUAUGCGUCUACAUUUCUACUCGAAUCUUUUAUCGGGACAAUUGGAAGAUGCUGGGUGGAGCGAGGGUCAUAUUUACUCGAAAAUAGUUCAACUGAAACCGUACUAUCGACCGAUACAUGGUCGCGGUCGGUAUUCCCUGGUUGCCGCUUCAUUAUGUCAAAUGGAAGUACGCGAAUCCGAUAUUAAUGACGUCGAUGAGAGAAGCAAUGCUGUCCAGGAGCAAUCGAGUAUCAACACUUCUGAGGCUAUAGAGAGCGAUAUUAUUCAUUUUUCUCGGCUGGUAUAUUUGACGGGGCCAAAUAGAUGUCACAGCUGCAACGGACCAGAGACCUCUGAAUGGAAAACGCAACCAGAUGGAGCCCGUACGCUUUGCAACGCAUGCGAGUCAAAUUCUACGAGGCUUAAUCGUUACGAGAUGAUGGAAAUCACCGAAAUGUUACGAGGUUUGCCGUCUAGAUCACGUGGAAGUGCUCUAGGCUGUCGAGGUGGUUUAUAA